GCCAACAAUACAAGGUUCAAAUGGAGAUAUCUGCUUUUGAAAAAAUAGCCUUCUGAAUAUUUAAAGAAGUUGUGGGCUCAGACUUUCGACAAGGAUCUAAACAAAAGUUGACACCUUUACUUUUACUUCAUUCAUGUAUUCAUUCAUCAAAUAAAAUAUUAAAGAUUAAUAUGCUUUGUUAUUUGCCAUUGCUUUUUUAUGCUCCUUUUUCUUCUUCUGCAAGACUUCUUUCUCCGUCCUUUAAAUAAAAGCCUCAAUUUUUUUUUUUCUGAUGUACUUUUCCGCUUUUUGUCAAGAUGGCAUUCAGGUUUAAUUUCACGAGUGAUGAUCUUGACUUAGAAAAUGAAGAAAGCCAGCAAUUAGAAACAUCUUUACACGAUCUACACCUUGAGGAUAACUCAGGGCACUCACAAAAGCUUCCUAGCAGAGAAUAUGACAUCCUUUCUUCUCCUUUACCGCCAGUAAUUCAAGCUGAUCUACUGCAAAUACAAAAUGUAGAAAAACCUAUUUAUAAACGAACCUUGGCUGAUGUUCGAUUUCAAAUUGCUCAACAAGAUACACUUUUAGAAAAUGAAACUGAAAGAGAAGUAUUGUCCAUGUUGAGCUUGAGUGGUAAUUCUGACUUGAUCAAGGGUGUCUACGAAGGAGGAUUCAAAACCUGGGAAUGUUCUAUCGAUAUGGUAGAGUAUUUGUCUAGUCUCCCUGAGGAGCAAAUAAGCAACAAGAAAGUAUUAGAAAUUGGCUGUGGAUCGUCUAUUCCAGCUAUUUACCUUUUGACGACAAGUAAGACAAAUAGAGUGGAUAUACAAGAUUAUAAUGAACAAGUGAUACGUUAUGUCAGCGUACCAAACAUUCUUUUAAACUGUGUCUUGAAUGUUCAAGAGAAUCUAACAGUAAAUAAUGAAGAACAAGAGAAAGAGUCAAGUAGUGAGUCUGAAGAAGAGGAUGAUGAUGAUGAGGAGGAGGAGGAGGAGGACGAUGAAGAAAAACGUAUUGAAGAAGACCCAGUGACGUGUGAUGCCGAAGCAGAAAUUAUAGCUGAUCAAGUACCAGCCAUGUUACAACAAGUGAGUGCUCGUACAAGAGCAUUCUUUGGUGAUUGGAGUACAUUGCCUGAACAAUUAGGCGUUGAUCAAGGCAAAUAUGAUCUAAUUGUGACAACAGAAACUGUAUAUGCAGAACAUUCUUUACCUGACUUGAUUAGAGUAAUUCAAAAAUCACUUAGAAAACCAGAUGGUGUUUGUUAUGUUGGUGCCAAGACUGUUUACUUUGGUGUUGGUGGAGGUAUUCUACCUUUUUGUACUCUGUUGAGUCAAUCCAUGGACGAAGAUGGUGACAGACUGAAAUAUGAAAAAGUUUACGAGAGCGCACGUCCUAUUAAGGGAGAAAUUCUCAAGGUUACUUGGGAAUAAAAAGAAAUAGAUAACAAUUACACCUUUGUUAGUUAUCAAUCUUUAUUAUUUAAAACAUGUAAUAAUAUAUAAAAUGAACUUGAUAUUUUUAAGAGAAGA